GAAGUCGAUUGCAGCGCCGGCCUCCCGGCGCGGCCGCGGAUCUGUUCAUAUUGGCGGGAGCUGAACGCACAGUCUCCGGCUCCCUGCAGUUGAGCCCGGGCCGCCGAGAGCGUCGGGCAGAGCGGGCAGGAUGCGGGUGGCGGUGGCCGGCUGCUGCCACGGCGAGCUGGACAAGAUCUACGAGACGCUGGCGCUGGCGGAGCGACGGGGCGCAGGCCCGCUGGACCUCCUUCUGUGCUGCGGCGACUUCCAGGCGGUGCGCAACGAGGCCGACCUGCGCUGCAUGGCCGUGCCGCCCAAGUACCGCCACAUGCAGACUUUCUACAGGUAUUAUUCUGGAGAGAAAAAAGCCCCAGUUCUCACAGUCUUCAUCGGGGGAAACCAUGAGGCCUCAAAUCAUUUACAAGAGUUACCCUACGGUGGCUGGGUAGCUCCGAACAUUUACUAUUUAGGUUUGGCUGGUGUAGUAAAAUACCGAGGAGUGAGGAUUGGUGGUAUUUCUGGUAUCUUUAAAUCUCAUGACUAUCGAAAAGGUCAUUUUGAGUGUCCUCCUUAUAAUUCAGCUACAAUAAGGAGUAUAUAUCAUGUGAGAAAUAUUGAAGUCUAUAAAUUAAAACAGCUGAAGCAGCCUAUAGAUAUAUUUUUAUCUCACGAUUGGCCAAGAAGCAUAUAUCAUUAUGGAAAUAAGAAAGAACUUCUUAAGAUUAAAUCUUUUUUCCGACAUGAAGUGGAAAAUAACACGUUGGGAAGUCCUGCAGCCUCAGAACUUUUAGAGCACCUAAAACCUACUUACUGGUUUUCUGCACACCUUCAUGUGAAAUUUGCAGCCUUGAUGCAGCACCAGGCCAUGGAUGAAGGGCAGACAGCCAAAGCAACCAAAUUUUUAGCCUUGGACAAAUGCUUACCACAUAGAGACUUUCUUCAGAUUUUAGAAAUAGAACAUGACCCAAGUGCUCCUGAUUACCUGCAGUAUGAUAUUGAGUGGCUUACUAUUCUCAGGGCUACUAAUGAUCUCUUUAAUGUGACUGGGAGCCUAUGGAAUAUGCCUGAAAAUAAUGGCUUGCAUACAAAGUGGGAUUAUAGUGCAACAGAAGAAGCUAUGAAGGAAGUAUUGGAAAAGUUAAAUAACGACCUCAGAGUUCCAUGUAACUUUAGUGUAACUGCUGCUUGUUAUGACCCUUGCAAGCCUCAUACACAGGUACAGCUGGUUCAUAGGAUCAACCCUCAGACUACAGAAUUUUGUGCUCAACUUGGCAUCACAGACAUUAAUAUCAGGCUUCAGAAGGCCAAGCAAGAACAUCAUGUGUGCGGUGAAUAUGAAGAGCAGGAUGAUGUGGAGACAAAUGACUCUGGAGAAGAGCAAAGUGAAUAUAACACAGACACUUCUGCCUUGUCCUCUAUUAAUCCAGAUGAAAUAAUGUUAGAUGAAGAAGACGAAGCCGAGGACAACAUUGUACACAGUGAUGUGAAUACACCAUCUGUAGAACCUUCUUCCCAUCAAGCUUCUGACUUUUCUACAAGCUUCUCUGAUGUCAGGGUCUUGCCAGGUUCCAUGAAUGUGUCUUCUGAUGAUAUAUCAGGUUCACCACCUGGUAGAGAGGGGACAGCUGAUGAGGCUGUAGAGUUGGGGGAUGGAAAGGACUUAACUGAGGUGCCAGCGAAGAGGCUGAGCGAAGAACAUGAACCUGAGCAAAGGAAGAAGAUUAAGAGGAGGAAUCAAGCCAUCUAUGCUGCAGUAGCAGAUGAUGAUAACGAUGCAGCGUAAGACAGUUUACGUGUCCUGGUGUGAUAUGUAGAUGAUUUUCCAGGCCCUAUUUUUAGAGUUAGAUUUUUGAUUCAGGAUUUAAUUUUGUAAUAAUGAAGUGUCAAGAGCAUUUUAGUUAGAUACUGACUUUGUCUUAGAGCUUUUGUAUGUUUUGGGUAUAAACAUUAAAAUUUUAUAUAUUUACUUCAUGACUACCUUUUUUUGAAGACAUUCACUUCCAGUUUUUCAGCAAACACUGCACAUGUACUUUGUGCUGAGCACUUUUCUCUAAGAUGGAACUGUAAAGAUAAGACAGGGAUUUUUGUCUUCAAAGAGUUACUGUAAAUGUUUGAUGUAUAAAAUAUGGCAUAUUUAUAUUUUACUUUACAAAUUUGCAUAACUAUUGUACAUGUACCUAUGUAUGCUUCUCAUUUUUUAUAAUUUUUCCCUUGGUCAGAUUUUAAUGUCUGUCAAAUAUAAAUUGAAGAUUUCAAUAUUUUAGGAAAUAAAUUAUUGUAAAUACUAA